AUGGCGGACAACACGUCGAACAAUGCUGCCUCAUCCCUCCGCAUCCCCCACAAGGACUUUCUCUACCCCCUCACAACGACGCGCACUCCCGUUCCCACCAGAGCCAACUCCCGGGCGGCGCGGAAAGAGAGAGAACGAUACAACUUCUUCGAGAAGCGAUCAGCCAUGGACAGGGACGAAUACUGGCCUCUGAACGGAGUCUUCGAGCAGGGACCGCGGGUCCACAAGGAGUGGAAGUUCGGGAUGUCGGACACCAACUUCCUCUCCUCAUCUUCUCAAGGCCCUCAACAACAACAACGACCAUCCAAUACCCAACAACCACAAACCGCCGCCGCCGCCGACGACAACCAUGUUGCCGGAGACGGUGGGAACGGCGACGACGACAACGACGACGACGCGGCCCUCGCCCGCGCCAUCAACGCCGCCGCUCUCGUCAAGGCCUUCAGGAAAACCACCGUGCCCAUCACUGGCACCGUCCCCGUCCCCGUCACUGACACCCCCCUCAUCCCCUCCUGGCGCCAAUGCGGUCCCCAAUAUCCCAUCUUCUCACCACCACAACCACCACAACCACCACAGCCCACGAGGCCCCGACCCACGGACCCUCCUCUCAUCACCGAAGCUCACUUCUGGCGCAUGCCCUUGACGCCUGUGCCCCGCGUGUCCCGCAUCCCAAGCGUGCACUGCUGGACGUUCUCGGCACCUCCCGCAGCCGACACGGGGGUCUCGCCGUCCCCGCGGGCGUCGUCGUCGUCGGAGACUGUGGUCGCGACGGGGGGUGAGGGGAGCGUGGAGGAGGUGGUGUCGCGAGGGCAGCAGCCAGCGCAGCCAGCGCGGCGGACGCAUCCGGUCUUUCGGGAGAGGUUUGAUUUGGAUGGGGAGGGGUUGUAUGCUGCUGCGGCGAGGGAGCAGGAGCAGGAGCAGGAGGAGGGGGUGAGGGAGAGGGGGAGGACCGACUCGGGGGCUGCGGGAGUUGGUGAGGCUGGGGAGUGGGUCGUCGCUGAGGGCGAGGGCCAGGGAGGUGAGGCGAAGGUGAAGCUCGGAAGGAGGGCGGCGGUCGCGCGGUGGGUUAUGGGGUUGUUGGGGUUCAGGAAGUAG